AUGACGGAUGUCAAUGGAGGAAGUAUGGUCAGUAGAUUGCAAAAGGAAAUCCAUGCCCACGAGGUUUCUAUCGCUGCACUGUGGCACCGGGCUGCACUGAUUCUACGUAAUUCAUUCCAGGUGCAAAGAUGUGCAGAAGAUAUGACGAUAUUAAUCACGACCUAUGAAGGAAACCACAAUCACCCUCUCCCAGUCUCGGCCACUGCCAUGGCCUCCGCCAACUCAGCAGCAGCAUGCAUGCUGCUCUCAGGAUCAUCUUCCACUGCCCAACUUGCAAUCACGUUAACAGAUCAGGCCUAUAAAUUGACUACCAACCUCAUGACUUCAAGUGCUUAUCCCCCUGGUUUGAACUUUGGCAUCUCAGAUAUAUCAAGACAAGGACCGCCCUGCCUCCCAAACUAUAUACUCUCAUCAAUUACCACCAACCCAACUGUCACACUAGACCUAACUGCAACGCAUUCUAGAGUAAACCAGUUCAGUUUGGUCUCUUCAAACUUUGCCACAAGGCCAAGACACUCACCACCAUCAAUCUUUAGCUUCUCUUCUCCAAAAUCUAACACCGUAGCAACGCCAGCUUGGAGCAGUGGGUACCAUAGUUAUGGGUCUCAACAAUCUAAGGAAGGUUCCAUUUCGUCAUCAAACCAUAGUAGACUAUCUCAAGAAUCUUUCUACCAGCACUACUUGCAGAAGACCACCAACCCAAAGGAUCCUGGCGACCAGCAUAAGUUGACUGAUGCAAUUGCAAAGACCACAACAGAAGAUCCUAGAUUCCAGUUUGCGCUGACAGCUAGUGUUCCAUCAUAUGUUGGAGCUAAUGAAGCUGAAUGUUUGGGUUUCCAAAAUAGGGGGAUCAUGAUCCACAACAGUUCGACUCUGAUCCAUACUUUACAACUAUGGGGAGAGGAAAUAGUUAUUCCCAGAGCUACUUAG